AUUUUGCUCGUGUGUCUAUCAUGUCAUAUCAAAACAUCAGAAAAAUGGCGGACAUGGAACAGAUUUCGCAGCUGGAGGUGCUGUGCAAGCAGCUGUACGAGACCACAGACGGCGAGCAGCGAGCGCAGGCGGAGAAGGCGUUGGUCAACUUCACCAACUCUCCUGACUGUCUGACCAAGUGCCAACUGCUGCUGGAGAGAAGCAGUUCAGCAUAUGCACAACUUCUCGCAGCCACAACACUCACAAAACUCAUUUGCCGGCCCUCGCCAGUCCUUCCACUGGAGCAGAGAAUAGACAUCAAAAAUUAUGUGUUGAACUACCUUGCUAGCAGGCCCAAACUGCCGACAUUCGUCACACAAGCACUCAUCCAUCUGCAGUCGCGCAUCACCAAGCUGGGAUGGUUCGACAGUGAGAAGGACAACUGGGUGUUCCGAGACAUCAUCGACGAUGUCUCCAAAUUUUUGCAGGGUUCGGUGGACCAUUUUGUCAUAGGUGUGCAACUGAUGUCACAGCUCGUCAAUGAAAUGAACCAGCCCGACACUGUAAGACCUCUAACCAAGCACAGGAAGAUUGCGUCCUCAUUCCGUGACUCGGUCCUCUUUGAAAUCUUCAACUUGGCCUGCAACCUCCUGAAGCAGGCCUCGAAGGAAGGUGUUGACUUCAAUGACGAGAACAAACACUCCCUCAUGACACAGCUGUUGCGGCUGACCCACAACUGCUUGACCUUCGACUUCAUCGGAACCUCGACUGACGAGUCAACUGACGACAACUGCACUGUACAGAUACCCACUGGCUGGAGAUCAGCGUUCCUUGAUUUCAGCACCGUCAACCUCUUUUUCGAUCUCUACAAGUCUCUCCCUCCUAGUCUAGCUCCACUGGCCUUGACUUGUUUAGUUCAAAUUGCCUCAGUGCGUCGGUCGUUAUUCAACAAUGCAGAGAGGGCCAAGUUUUUGACGCAUCUUGUCAAUGGUGUCAGAGGAAUCCUGGAAAACCCACAGAGUCUCUCAGAGGCAAACAGCUACCAUGAGUUCUGUCGGCUGCUGGCCAGACUCAAGUCCAACUACCAGCUCGGUGAACUGGUGAAGGUGGAGAACUACGCAGAGGUCAUCGCACUCAUUGCAAAAUUCACAAUCACAAGCUUGCAGGUUUGGCAGUUUGCCCCCAACAGUAUCCACUACCUCCUGACGCUCUGGCAGCGCAUGGUGGCCUCGGUGCCUUAUGUCAAGGCCACAGAGCCCCACCUCCUGGAAGUCUACACCCCUGAAGUGACUAAGGCGUACAUCACCUCCCGGCUGGAGUCUGUGGGCGCCAUCCUGAGAGACGGGGUGGAGGAUCCACUGGAGGAUAAAGGGAUGGUGCAGCAGCAGUUGGACCAGCUUUCGACGAUCGGUCGCUGCGAAUACGAGAAGACUUGCACGCUACUGUUCCAGCUGUUUGAUGCAUCGGCCCAAAAGUAUGAAGAGCUCGUACGGACAAACACAUCAGGGUUUGAACUGGCUACACAAGAGGGUCGGCUGACGUGGUUGGUGCUGAUAAUCGGGUCUCAGAUUGGUGGCAGGGUGUCCUUCACUAGUGCUGAGGAGCACGACGCCCUGGAUGGCCAGCUUGUCUGCAGGGUGUUGCAGUUGAUGAACCUGACGGACGCCAAGCUCUCCCAGGGAGGCUGCGAGAAGCUGGACCUGGCCAUGCUCAGCUUCUUUGAGCACUUCACUAAGAUCUACCUGGGCAACCAGGUGCAAAAAUCAUCCAAGCUCUAUAGGACAUUAUCACAGGUGCUUGGGCUGCAGGACGAAUCAACAGUGCUUAGUGUAUUCAUUGGAAAAAUCAUAACCAACCUGAAAUACUGGGGUCAGAGCGAGCCAAUCAUUGCCAAGACCCUGAAGUUCCUUAGUGAGCUCUCCGUGGGCUACAGCAGUGUGCGCAAACUUGUGAAGCUGGAGGCGGUCCAGUUCAUGCUGAGCAACCACACGAGCGAUCACUUCCCCUUCUUGGGCAUCAACGGCACGUUCUCAGUCAGCGACAUGCGCUGCCGGACGACGUUCUACACGGCGCUGGGCCGCUUGCUCAUGGUGGAUCUCGGGGAGGACGAGGACCGCUUUGAGAACUUCAUGGUGCCCAUCACCUCGGCGUUUGCAUUCGUGGGCGCGCAGCUGGCCAACGCCAACAAGGGCGGAGUUUGGAACGAGGCUGAGACAAAAAGGACAUUAAUUGGGUUAGCCAGGGAUCUCCGAGGAAUUGCAUUUGCCUUCAAUAACAAGCCCAGCUACCUUAUGCUGUUCGAAUGGAUAUACCCCGACUACACCCCUAUACUCCAGCGAGCCAUCGAGCUGUGGUACCACGAGCCCAUGGUGACCACACCCAUCCUAAAACUGAUGAUGGAGCUGGUCCAGGACCGAUCGGAGCGGUUGCAUUUUCACGUCUCCUCGCCGAAUGGCAUCCUUCUCUUUAGGGAGAUCAGCAAGAUGUUUGUGGCAUAUGGAUCGAGAAUCUUGACGUUAGGAGCCGACAUUCCCAAGGACCAAGUUUACCCCAUGAAGCUGAAGGGCGUGUCCAUCUGCUUCGGGAUGCUGAAGGCGGUCCUGUCCGGCAGCUACGUCAACUUCGGCGUGUUCCAGCUCUAUGGGGACACCUCCCUGGAGGAGGUCCUGCAGAUGUUUGUCAAGUUACUACUGUCGAUACCCCUCAGUGAUUUGCUGGAUUACCCCAAGCUAAGCUUGAACUACUACAGUCUACUGGAAAGCCUAGCCAAGGACCACAUGGGUUUCCUGAGCGGUCUGGAGCCCCAAGUAUUUCUACACAUUCUGUCCUCGAUAUCGGAAGGCUUGACAGCCUUAGACACGGUGGUGUGUACAGGCUGCUGUGCUACCCUCGACUCCAUUGUGACGUACCUCUUCAAGAGGAUAUCGAAAUCAGCCAGCAAGAAGGCCAAGAAGGAGAAGGACAACUUUCCAACUAUCAUGGUGGUGCCAGCAGCAAUACUUCAACAGAUGCUAUCGACUGUGCUGAAUAUUAUCAUGUUUGAGGAUUGUCGCAACCAGUGGUCAAUGUCAAGACCACUUCUGGGCCUAAUUUUGCUUAAUGAAGAUUAUUUCACGGAGCUCAGAGAGAGCAUCAUCAGCUCGCAGCCUGUCGAGAAGCAAGAAGACAUGCGGUUGUGCUUCAAGAACCUCAUGGAUGGCAUCGAAGCAAACCUCAGAUCGAAGAACAGAGACAGAUUUACUCAGAACCUGUCGGUGUUCCGUCGUGACGUCAACGACUCCCUCAAGACCACAAACAACUCUUCCUCAGUGGUAUCCUCGCUGAACAGCGCCGACAUGAUGAGCUAGCCCUGCGUCCUGAGUUUUGUAACAUAAACUGUACAGAGUAGAUUGUGGUCGGCGUUCAGCAGCUGCAAAGCUGUGGACAUAUCUGCAACCUCAUGAACAACUUAGUCAAUGUCUAAGAAGUCUCUUUUUUGACUUGGUGCCAGUCUUUUCAUGACUGCCGAUGGGGCAUCUUCAAACUUAAUGUCUUUAGAGCAGUAGGGAAGCUCUCGCGAUUGGCAAGAUCUUCUGGGCACCCACCUUUCCAUACAACUCCGAACCAAAUGGAAUUUAUUCAUAACUAAUGUAGCAGGAUCGGCACUUUUUUGUUAUACACUCCCAGCCUAAUUUGGCAUUGAAUCCAAUUUUUCUGUCAGUUCAAGAGAACAAGUUGUGGAAGGGUUUUAGUUUCAGAUAUCUUACUUGAUGGAUCUCUCACUUUUUCAAAAUGUAGUGUGCAAAAUUUGCCUAAUUUGCAGAACUGUUGUUUUUUUUUCAUGAAAUAUAUUUUUCCAAUUGGGGAAUUAAAGUUAAAAGAAUGCACUAAAUGCAUGCAAUUAAUGAAGGAAGCCUGAAUUUUACUUCGUCAAGUAAAUUUUACAACUGUUCUCAUAUUUGUCUCAUUCUGUGAUCUCCCAACAGUCGUCGACCUUUUCUGCUAGAAAUCUCAUUCCCAACACUUUUGCCCAAGUCAUGUUCCCCAUGAGUGUUGGCACCUGGAACUAAUCAGCAUCUUCUUUUUCACUGCAAUAAUUCUCUAAUGAUUGAGUUGUCUCUGUCUUGGAUUUUUUUCCUCAAGGCGUAAGCACAACCACCGGAAAGGCCAGCAAAUUCAGUUAUUAAAAGUUUUUGAUGUCAUUCUUCAUUGAAAGUAUGUGUCCUCAAUCCUCAGAAAGACAAUGAAAGGUUACCCCCUUAAAACAAGUCCACACCCCCCCCAACCAGAGUUGUAAUCGAGUCAGUCACAAGUCACUGCAAGUUACCACAAGUCAGUCACAAGUCAUUCAGCCACAAGUCAUCUCGAAAGCUAUUCAAAUGAACUGUGACAGAGGCAUUCCUUUGUUAUUGUUCAUCUCUUUUGUUCCACCCUGACUUGUGAGUUGACUUGUGGACUGACUCGUGACUGAAGAUCUACAACUCUGCCCCCCCGCCCUCCUGCAAAAAUGUUUGUUUGUAGAUGCGCCUUGAGCUUCACAGGUCGUGUUCCUCAAUUUUUCCAUUGUUUCGACCGUCAACAAUGUCGGGUUUACAAGGAAGUGUUGUUUUGGUUCAGUGUAGAGGCUAAAAAUUUGAAAUAAGUCAUUAAUUUGGUAUGGUGUAAAAGUUUAAUGCUGGAGAGGUGCUUUGAUGCAGUUUUUCUGUGAGAAAAGGGAAAUGGUGGAGAGCGGUAAAUGUGGGCAGUGAAGCUUGGGCGACUCUAUUGCACUUGUUAAUUACUCUCAGUCUUCAGGAGUGGAUCUAGGAUGUUUUGCUUGGGGUGGGGGGACGGAUGGGAAAUUUAUUGUUGGUACAAGGGGGGGAGGUUGCUACAUGUAGUUGUCGUCGUUGGUGAAACCACCUAAUCUCUCUCAUUUAAUGUCGUCUUGGAAUUAAUAUGGCUGACAAAUGGCAGAGGGGCUUUGCCCAUGCCACUGCAAAUCUGUUCAAAUCCUUUCCUGUAUUUUGAAGUAUUUUUUGGUAGACUUCACAGUUGUUCACUUGAACUUUGGCAGUUCACUUCUGCAGAGUGUCAACUGUUAAAAGAGUAAGAAAGAUCAGAAACUGCAAAGGGAGUGAGGGUUAUUAAAAGUGAAGUUAUCUCGAGACAGCGCACAGAUCAAGGUGAAACAGCAACAACUUGGUAUUUACAAGAGACGGGUUUACUUUGAUGAAGGUGAAGAAUAUGCUUUCUUAAAAAUCGUUUAUAUUUACCAACCAAACUGUGGUUUUUACUAGUAAUUAAGCCAGAGCUCAUUGGGAUGUACAAACUUUUGCACUAAAUUAGGAAGAUAAGGGUUGAGAGAGAAAUUUUGGCAUAGGACUACCAAGGGGAGAUUGCCUCUCUUUAUUUUUCAACAUUAAACCCCCCUCCCCCCGCCACACACACACACAAAGGGGAUGGGGUGGGGGAAGCUGCCAUUGGACCUCCCCCCCCCGAGGUACCAAUGAGGGCUGUGUAUAUUAGAUGGAAGUCCAUGAAAUGGAGUAAUACAAAUUUAGCCAUUCUGAAUAUUAGGACUGCAAUCGAAGCCGUGUUGCCAGACACAAUGUAGGCAGUAUGUGGUUGAAAUAAGUGAUCUCAAUUUGUCAUCAAAUUGAAUUAAAAAAUAAAAUUACUGGAAACAAUCUUGGAAUGCAUGAUUGUAAAUAAUGUAAAGAAUUGUUAUAAAAAGAGGAAGGAUUUCAGCCUUUUGUGGCUUGAAAAAUAGACAUAAAUAUCCAAAGAUAAUUUUUUUUUUAUGAAAGCAUUGGGUGACGUUGACAGGUUUUUGUUUUGUGGGAUAUACUUUGGUUACCAACUUUUUGUUCUGUUCAAUUUGAUAUUAAUAUUUGGCCAUUUUGGGGGGUUCCCUGGAUGUUUGGUUGCUUAUUUCCUCAAGUCUAUUUUUUUUCUGUUUGGUAAAUCUGAAGUGCUUCAUUGCAGGUUUUGGGGGUUGUCAUCGAACCUUGGGUUAGAACAAUCAAAAUAAAAAUAGGUUAUGGAAGCACUUGGCUGAAUCAUGCUUUUCUCUGGCAGUGUUUUCAUCUUAUUAGUUGUUUGUAUCAUGCUAAAUGUGUAAACAGAUUUUUUUUUUGGUAAUAAACAUGUAAAAAGAAUACAGUA